GUCUCAGUACAGGAGCAGCAACAGCUCCGCCAAAACAAAGAAAAAAAAACGCUUACAUUUCUCCUUUAGCAUAUCCAUCUAGGGUUUUUGGUGGGUUCCCAUCUUCUUUGCGCUUCAUCGGUCGGUGCCCAGAGAGUAGAAGAAAAAAAUGUUGGAUAUCAACCUGUUCCGGGAAGAAAAGGGUAACAACCCAGAGAUUAUCCGUGAAUCUCAGCGCCGCCGUUUCGCCAGUGUAGAAAUUGUUGAUGAGAUUAUGAAGCUCGACAAGGAAUGGCGUCAACGUCAAUUUGAAGUAGAGAAUUUCCGAAAAGAGUUCAACAAGCUCAACAAGCAAGUGGCCAAACUUAAAAUCUCGGGUGGUGAUGCGACUGAGCUGAUUCAGCAGACAGAGAAAAACAAACAGGAUUCUGUCGAGAAGGAAGCAGAAGUCCGUGAAGCUUUUGCUGCUCUGAAAGCUAAAUUGGAGACAGUUGGAAAUCUUGUCCAUGACUCAGUUCCAAUUAGUAAUGAUGAGGCGAACAAUGCAGUAGUUAGAUCGUUUGGAGAAAAACGGCUAGCUACUACUGGCCAGAAGUUAAAAAACCAUGUUGAGCUUGUUGAGCUUCUCGGGAUUGCUGAUACCAAGAAAGGUUCUGAGAUUGCAGGAGGUAGAGGUUUUUAUCUGAAGGGAGAUGGUGUUCGCCUUAACCAAGCUCUCAUCAACUUUGGCCUCGACUUCUUGGAGAAGCGAGGUUUUACAUGUUUGCAAACUCCCUUCUUCAUGAGGAAGGAAGUUAUGGCUAAGUGCGCACAAUUGGCUCAGUUUGAUGAGGAACUUUACAAGGUGACUGGUGAAGGAGAUGAUAAGUAUCUAAUUGCAACAGCCGAGCAGCCACUUUGUGCAUAUCACCUUGAAGACUGGAUUCAUCCAUCAGAGCUCCCCAUUAGAUACGCAGGUUACUCGUCUUGCUUCAGGAAAGAAGCCGGUUCUCAUGGGAGAGACACACUUGGUAUUUUCCGAGUUCACCAGUUUGAGAAAGUUGAACAGUUUUGCAUCACCAGCCCUAAUGGGAACGAUUCGUGGGAUAUGCACGAGGAAAUGAUCAAGAAUUCUGAGGAGUUUUAUCAGGCGCUGAAGCUUCCUUACCAGGUUGUGGCCAUUGUUUCUGGAGCUCUGAACGAUGCAGCAGCCAAAAAACUGGAUUUGGAGGCAUGGUUCCCUUCAUCGGAGACCUACAGAGAGCUUGUCUCUUGCUCCAACUGCACUGACUACCAGGCUCGGAGACUCGAGAUCAGAUAUGGUCAGAAAAAGAGCAAUGAGCAAGCGAAACAGUACGUGCAUCUGCUGAACUCGACUCUCACGGCAACAGAGAGGACCAUCUGCUGCAUCCUGGAGAACUACCAGCGGGAAGAUGGCGUGGAAAUCCCCGAGGUCCUGCAGCCGUUCAUGGGCGGAAAGACGUUUUUACCCUUCAAGGCCAAGCCCGUUGCUGCUGCUGCGUCAGAGAGCAAAGGCAAGAAGUCGAAAGCGUGAUGCGAGAAUCCCUUUCACUUGCCAACACCCUUUACUCUCAUUGGGUCUCACCAAAUCUGGGGAUAAUCUUUGCUCCAAUGAUUUUAUUUUCUUGUAUUUUUUUGGAAUUCAGACAAGAUGUUGAAUAUCCAUAAUAUUGAUACUUUGCAGAUUUGGGUUUUCCGGACAAGAUUGAUACUGUUACAUGUAUUCGGUUUUUUCCCUGACAUCACAACUUUGGUUUGGGAUUUGUUAUGGAAACAGAGGAUUCGAGAUA